AUGAGGAAGGGUUUUAAUGAAGCAAUUAAUAAAGCAGUCAUCCCAAAGAAGCCUGAGUCGUUCACCAAGAAAGCCAAGAGAGUGCGCUUUCAAGACCAAUAUCCAGAAACGGACAUUGCUCUAAUUGGAGCAGCAGGGUUUGCACGACAUAUAAGGGACAAGGAAUCGGAAACGUUCGUCACCAGUCUAAGCGAACUUGAGAAGGCAAUUGAAGAUAAACGGCAGCUGGACGAUGCCGACUCGGAAGCUCAGGAGAUCAAGGAACAGCUCCCGGAGAGAUAUCACGAAUUCGCGGAUGUGUUUUCGAAGAUCAAGUCCGAUGAAUUGCCCGAACGAAAAGAGUACGAUCAUCCCGCAAAGGAAUAUAUUAUGGAGAACUUGGACAAAGGGUUCAUAGUGCCUAGCAACGCACCAUUCGCUUCGCCAAUCCUCAUGGCGAAGAAGCCUGGAGGUGGACUCCGUUUCUGUGUGGAUUUCCGAAAGCUUAACAAACUCACUAAGAAAGAUCGAUAUCCAUUGCCUCUUAUUGAUGAGGUCUUUGAGCGAAUUAGUCAAGCAAAGAUUUUCACAAAGCUGGAUAUUCGCCAGGGAUUCCACUGUAUCCGCAUGCACAAAGACUCUUCCGAUCUGACGACGUUCAGGUGCAGAUACGGGACCUUCAAGUACGGAGUGAUGCCGUUCGGGUUGACUAAUGGGCCCGCGACCUUUCAGAGACUAAUCAAUGACAUUUUCAUUGAUUGUCUUGAUAAGUUUCUGAUAGCAUUUAUCGAUGACCUGCUGAUCUACAGCGAGAACGCGACGGAACACGAGAUUCACGUCCGCACGGUACUACAACGGCUACGGGACACAGGACUGCAGGCUAGCAUCAAGAAGUGCGAGUUUCACGUGACUACGACUAAGUAUUUAGGGUUCAUUAUUACACCUGAAGGGAUCAAGGUUGAUCCUGUUAAGGUCGAAACCGUGCUAUCUUGGAAGACCUCUACGACAUCCGCACAGUGCAAGGAAGCCCUUGAGAAACUUAAGACAGCAUUAGCAUUGGCUCCAGUGUUGGUUCAUUACGACCCGAGUCGACCCACGCGCGUGGAAACGGACGCUUCGGAUGGAGUAGUCGCGGCUGUACUAUCACAAUUGUGUGAGGAUGGGAACUGGCACCUAGUUGGUUACUACUCGGCAUCAAUGUCGUCAGCAGAACACAAUUACGACAUCCAUAACAAGGAGAUGUUAGCGAUUAUUAAAGCUUUCCGAGAAUGGAGACCUGAGCUUAUAGGACUGCAACGCCAGGAAAGUUUUGAAGUAUUAACAGACCAUCGCGCGUUAGAAUACUUCAUGACAACCAAGGUAUUGAGCGCACGACAAGCACGGUGGUAUGAAUUUCUUCAAGAAUUCCACUUUGUCCUACGGUACCGCCCUGGAAAGGCCAAUGUCCUAGCUGACACCUUGACGCGGAGAGAAGGUGAAGAAGCUCGGAAUCUGGAUCACCGUAACUUAGUUCUGUUACCCGCGGGAGUGCUAGAUGAACAGAUACAGAUUGAACUAGCGAUCAUGGAGCUCCAAGGAGCAAUAGGGACCGGCGAUAUUAUCUACCGGGUUCUUGAGACUAAUGAGAAGUUUGUAGCCGGACCGGAGGCGCGGAGGCGCCUUGAUGGGAAGGACCUAGGAUGGCAUGAGGAGAAUGGCCGUUUGUUGUAUAAAGGUCGGUUGUAUGUCCCAGACGACGGAGAUUUACGUGCAAGGUUAUUGGAUGAAGUUCAUCGACCACCGUUAACGGCACAUCCUGGCAGGGAUAAGACCAAGAAGAUAGUCAAAGAGCGGUUUUAUUGA